AUGAAUCUAUUCGUUUUCAGUUAUCAGCGUGAUUGGCGCUUCCAUAAGAAGGAGGGCGUCUGGCUGACACGCAUGUCCGGUGUAGAAUUUACCACUGAUGCCAACUCUGAGCAAGGUUACUAUUACUUUUGGGACCAAAUGAGCGCCCAGAAGCUUAUGCGCCAGAUGACCAUCUUCUAUACUGACUUGGAUAAUGUUCCACUGUUUUUACGCAUCCAUUCGCCACAUCUUAGUUCCAGCGUCAGUUUUGCCCCUGUUUCGCCGCAUUCAGUAAUGACCGCAGCCGCCGCUUCCGCAAGCCAGCCAUCUCAAUCACAGCCGACCCAAGCUUCGGGGCCCACAGUUGGUGGUAAUAGUUCUGCAUCAGUUGCUGCUGCAGCUGCCCUUGCAGCAGCUGCGGCCGCUGCUUCGAAUCCAUCCCAAGGAUCUCCUGCCGCUAGCGCUGGUGGUGGAGGGGGUGGUAGUGGUAGUGGUAGUAGCGGUGUCGGAGUUGGAGCUGCCAAUACUGGUUCACAGUCACAGCCGGGGAGUCUGGCUGCAGCCGCUCUUGCCGCUGCCGCCGCCCUCUCACAGACGCAGGGCCACCAUUCUGGAAGUGUACACCACCACCCGGCAUCUGUGCACGCCCAACAGCAGCAGCACGCACGUGCGCAGCAAGCGACUGCACAUCUGCAUCAGCAACAACAACAUCUUCGCCAACAGCAGCAAUCCUCGUUGCAUCAACAGCAGCAGCAGGCUGCUAUAGCCGGUGAGCUACUUUUUUAUGGUCUAGACCACCAUAACUACUUUGGUUGUUGCAGUAAUAUAAACACGAGGGUGAUCAGCAAAGUUUUUUUCAUAUCCAGUAAAGAUUCAUUUUGA